AUGGCCGCAGAAGGGGAAGAGGCGGCAGCAGCCGCUGCUGCUGCCGCUGCUGCUGCUGCUGCUGCGGAACCCUCCAUAGAAGACCACCCGCUGUUCCUGACGCGCAUUCCCACAUCAGCAGAGUUCAAAAAGAACCAUUUGCUGUCAGCCUUGGUGGCUCUCAUUGACGAAGAUGAUCCUCAGCAGCAGCAGCAGCAGCAGCAGCAGCAGGGGCCCUUUCGCCGGCAGCGCCGUAGAGUGCGCCCCGCGCCGUGGGGGGCCAGACCUGCUGCUUCGGCGAGUGGGGCUUCAGGGCCUUCGCAGCAGCAGCAGCAAGCAGCAGCAGGGAACAGCAGUGGAGAAAAUGCUGCUGGCCGCGGCGGUGCUGCUGCUGCUGCUGCUGCUGCUGAAGCUGACUCCGCAGCAGCACGAGCUGCUGCGGCUCGAGAGGCAGAGCUUGAAGGGAGCAGGCAAGAGGACGAGGCCAUGGAUUGGGAGGCAGCAGCAGAAGCAGCAGCAGCAGAAGAAACAGCAGCAACGGGAGGAGCAGCAGCAGAAGCAGCAGCAGCAGCGGCAGCAGCGGACAGCCUCGCGACGCCGUCUAUGGGCGAGCUACAGAUCUGCAUGCGUCUGUUCUCGAUGAAGUGA